AUGAUGAGCAAGAAGGAGGUGGACAUUACAGUUUACGGAGCCACAAGUUUCGUGGCCAAACAUGUGAUUCGGUACUUGGUAGAAGCAGCCGCCCAAAAAGAUCAUCCACCCAAAUCCUUUGUCGUGGCCUUGGGGGGUCGUUCCAAGACAAAACUGGAAGCCCUUCAAAAGAAAUUUGCAGCAGGAAACGAAGCUGCGACUAAAAUGUUUGCUCCCAUUGUCUUUGUUGCAGAUGGGAAUGAUUUAGAGGGUCUCAAGAAGAUUGCCCAAAAGAGCAAGGUGGUUCUGAACUGUGCUGGACCCUAUUCCAAAUACUCGAGCAACGUCGUGGCUGCCUGUGCCGAACACGGAGCCGACUAUGUCGAUUUUACGGGAGAAACUAACUGGGUGGCGGAAAUGAGAUUGAAAUACAGUGCAAUGGCAAAAAAGUCGGGAGCUCGCAUCGUUUCGCUCUGUGGAUACGAUUCGAUUCCUAGUGAUUUGGCGCUCUUUGCCGCCGUCCAAGCCUUGAGAGGAAAAGCUCCAAAUGCCAAGAUCGAAUCGGGGACGAUUUAUCAUCAAGCCAUGGGUGGAGCCAAUGGAGGUACCAUUCACACGGCACUGGACAUGCCAGUGGACCUCAAACGAGAUGUAUUCAAAACGACGACUGCUGGAACCAAACAAACACUCCGCAAGGUUCCCUUCCUCAUGGGAGAUCCAUUGCAAUUGACACAUCCCCAAACCGUCCGUCACAAUCCAGACUUUGAAGCGACGAGAAAUCGAUAUGCGCUCAGCGAAUGGCUGAACCAAUUGCUCAACUUUCACAGUGAAUUCUCCUACGGAGUCUCCAUUCCAAUGUUCAUGUCUCCCAUCAACAUGAAGGUCCUCCACGCGUCAUCGAUUGCAUUGAAGUAUGGGCCCAAUUUCAAAGUGCGAGAACGAUUCUUGCCCUGUGGCUUUGUUUGGACCCGCGUCUUGGGCAUUAUGGGCUUUAUCCCUGCCAUUUGCAUGCAACUUGUACUGUUUGCAACGAUUGCGCUGCUCAAAAUGCCCUAUCUCGGCAAGGCGAUUGCGGACUUUUUGACGCCACCAGGAUCGGGAGUCCCCGACUCGAUUAGUGCUCUGGGAACGACGGCCGUCUAUGCCACGGUCACGAGUGACGUCAAGGAUUUGUCCGGCAAGGUGGAUCGAGGAUAUGCCUACCUGUCCUUCAAGGGGGAUGCCGGCAAUUGGACGACUGCCCAAUGCAUUUGCGAAUCUGCCUUUUGCCUCAUAUUUGACAAGGACUCCUUGCCCAAACGAUCGGAGGAUGGAUUCGGAACCCCAGCGGAAAUCUUUGGUGACGUCCUCAUCAAGCGAUUCAAGGAGACCAAGGUCCGUCCAGUGGAUGUGCAAAUCAAUGUGCGAACGGACGUGAACAAGAAUGAAAUGAAGGUUUACAUUAACGACAUGUAG